UACAUUGGGACGGUCAGAAUAUCCACAUUUUGUUAGUAAGAGAUCGACCUCAUACAAAAUGAACAAGGCGUGCAAGACAUUUUUAUUAGUAAGCGAUCCAUCUCAUACAAAAUGAAGGCAUGCAAGACAUCUUCCUUUGCAGCAGCAAUUCUCUACUUGAUCAUUGCCGUGUCUUCACGGUGUAAAUUUGGGCAUGCGACAGAUACUCUUCUUCCAGGCCAAUCUCUGCAUGGUAACUGUACCCUACUCUCAAAGAAUGGUGCCUUUGAGUUGGGUUUCAGCUGCCUAUUUCCCCCAUGCUCAGAGUUUACAUUUGGCAUAUGGUACGUCAACUCAUCAACUUGUAGUGCUCUUCUAGUUUGGGCUCCUCCUCAAUGGGACCUCACCUCAGACCCCCGGACCUCGGUUCUUAGCCUCUCAUAUGGCAACUUACAGCUCACCUCUCUGACCUAUGGCCAUGAUGCUAUUAUCUGGUCAUCAGAAGGUACACAGAGUGUAUCUACUUCUGCAAUUGCAGUACUUCUUGACAACAUAGAUCUGGUAAUAAGAGACCAAGUGAAUAGUUCAUUACUGUUCUGGCAUAGCUUUGAUUACCCAAGUGAUACAUUGCUACCUGGAGGAUGGCUGGGAUCUAAUACGAUCAGUAGUAGUGCUACCAAUAAUGUUUCUUGUGUCAUUUAUUCUUAUCUGGAGAGGAAUACAAACCUAAAAAGAGGGUUCACUAUCUCCCACACCUCUAGUACUGCUUUUGAUUACAGAAGUUAUGUUAAGACCAAAUAUUCCGGCUCUUUCCCCAGCUGAAUGGAUAUUCAUGAAGAUGAAGACUCUUUAUUUUUGCCCAAGAAUUCGCAUUUUUAUGUACGGUUGUAUUCUGAUGGUACGGUUACUGUUGCGAAACUAUGGGGUUGUGGGACUGUGUUGUGGUCUGCUCAAGAUUCCAGGCAUGAAAAUUCAGAAUGCAAGCAACAAAUAUUGGAUUCCAAGCAAGAAAAGUCAUAUUCAAAGAUUAAAAUCGUUGUUCUAAUUACAGUGAUGGGAAUGUUAACCGUUAUGCUUGUUUGCCUUGUUCUUCUAUGGAGAAGCAUAAAUAAGCUAUCCAAGGAACUACCGUUGAGUUCCACUAGCAGCCUCAAGAUCUUUUCAAACAUGCAACUAAAGAAGGCAACGAAAAUUUUCUCCGAAAAACUUGGAGAAGGAGGUUUUGGUUGUGUUUACAAGGGGACAUUGGUAGGUUUCUCUCUAGUGGCACUCAAAAGGCUGAAAUGCAUCGGACAUGGGGAAAAGCAAUUCCGAGCAGAAGUACAGACAAUUGGCAUAAUUCGCCACAUCAAUCUUGUCCGAUUAUUUGGUUUUUGUGCUGAAGGGCAGAAAAGGCUGCUGGUAUAUGAGUACAUGGAGAAUGGUUCUUUGAGUUCUCAUUUGUUUUCAAAGUGUUUGGCCAUAUUGACCUGGGAUCUCCGGUACCGUAUAGCACUUGGAACUGCAAGAGGUUUGGCUUAUCUCCACGAGGAAUGCAAAGAAUGCAUUAUACACUGUGACAUGAAGCCAGACAAUGUACUUCUUGAUGCAGAGUUCUGCCCCAAGAUUGCAGACUUCGGGAUGGCGAAGCUUCUUGGUCAAGAUUUCUGCGGGGCUUUGACAACAAUGCAAGGGACCAUUGGAUAUCUUGCACCGGAGUGGAUAUCGGGGUUACCGAUCACACAUAAGACUGAUGUUUACAGCUAUGGCAUGAUGCUUCUUGAAAUCAUAUCGGGUCGAAGGAACUCAGAGAAAAUUAAGGAAGGACAGUUAACAUACUUUCCCAUUUUUGCGGCAAUCAAGGUGAAUGAAGGAGAUGCUAUGUGUCUGGUGGACAGUAGAUUGGAAGGCCAGGCAGAUGGAGAGCAGCUAAGCAGAGCUUGCAGAAUUGCAUGCUGGUGCAUUCAAGAUGCCGAGGAUGACAGGCCUAUGAUGGGACAAGUUGUUCACAUGCUAGAGAAUGUCAUGGAUGUCGAAACCCCACCUAUUCCAAGGUCACUUGAAAACUAUGUUGGCAUGGAGGAUUGCUCAUACUCUGCGGAACCAGAUAACUUGUUCUAAAUUCUACAUGUUUGUUCGAUAGGCCGGCAUUAGUUAUAAGGCCCAGUAGUCUAUGUUUCUGUUUAUUUGUUGAAGUUUAGUGGAAUACAGAAAUAUAUAUGUGGUGUGUCCUGUAGUUUCAAUAAAGCACACAUGUCUUCACUUUA